AUGAUCGAACCGUUGGCUUCAAAUAAUGAACGUACAUAUUUAACGUGGGAAAAUAUAUCAGCUCACGUCGAUGUCAAAGCACCGGCAUCAUCGUCACCAGGAUUUAGUGGAACAUUAAAGAAGCAUCUCGGCUUGAAUUAUAUGCAAACAAAAAAGCAAUUACUCUAUGAUCUAUCCGGUUAUGCUAUACCGGGUAACAUCCUGGCUAUUCUUGGCUCGUCAGGCGCAGGUUCGAUAUCUUGCGCGAUGUUACGUAUGAAAUCGACGAUAAGUGAUUCUGAUCGACACAUUCGUGUUCAAGAAGUCAUAGCAACAUUAGAUUUAGAACAAUGUCAAAACACAAUUAUCGGUAUACCCGGUAAACUGAAGGGUAUCAGCGGUGGUGAAUUGAAACGUUUGACAUUUGCUAGUGUCAUUUUGAAUGAUCCACAGCUAUUGAUUAUUGAUGAACCAACAUCGGGUCUCGAUUCUCACUUGGCCAAAUCCAUUGUUUAUACGAUAAAGAAGUUGGCUCUUAGCGGGAAAACCAUCAUCACCGUCAUACAUCAACCAACAUCAGAAAUUUAUUCGGCAAUCGAUAGUAUUUGCCUGUUAGUGGGUGGUAAACAAGCUUAUUUUGGUGUGCGCGAUAGUGCCAUAGAUAUGUUUUCCUCAUUGGGACGACAGUGUCCAAAUGAUUACAAUCCAGCUGAAUAUUAUUUGACACAAUUAGCGUCCGCAACAUCGAGUAAUGGGGAUGGUAAAAAAGACAAUAGUGAAUUUGUUGACAAAUGCAUCAGGGCAUUUCAACAAUCAACAUACAAUCAAUUACUAAUGGGAACAAUCACUGACAUUAAACAAAUACCCUACAAUGAACUGUCAUUUGCAAUGAAAUACAAUGAAUUUAUUUCAUCGGAAUCACAAAAAGAAUCAGAAUUAGAUUCGAAUUUUUUUCGACAAAUGAAAUGGUUAUUAUGGCGAGCGUUCAAGUCGGGUGCGCGUGAUCCCGUUCGCACAACAAGUCUAUUGCUAAGAUCAUUGAUUCCUGCAAUGAUUGUUGGUAUUAUCUAUUUUCAGUCGGCAAAGACUCCCCAAACGGUUCAAAAUUCAAAUGCUAUUGUACACAUAACUCUGGGUACUAACUGUAUAACAAAUUCAUUUGUGGUGCUAGCCACAUUUCCAGCGGCAAUGAAAAUAUUCUUGCGCGAACGUAAGCGUCGUUUAUAUAACACUGGUGCAUAUUAUCUAACGAAACUCAUCGCUGAUUUGCCAUUUUUUAUCUUGAUGC